AUGCAAAUCAUCCCAUGCUCCCCGAGUCGCUGUGAACACGGAGGGAGAUGCUCGCAGUCGUGGAGCACGUUUCACUGCAACUGUUCUGCCACGGGCUACAGCGGAGCGACCUGCCACAGCUCCAUUUAUGAAGCAUCGUGUGAGGCGUACAAACACAAAGGAAACACGUCUGGCUUUUACUACAUCGACGUGGAUGGAAGCGGCCCCAUCAAACCUCAGCUAAUCUACUGCAACAUGUCAGAUAAAGCAUGGAUGGUGAUCCAACAUAAUAACACGGAGCUCACCAAAUUAAAAGCGUCCUCUGGGAUAGAUCAGCAUUUAGCCCACUUUAACUAUUCUGCCGACGCAGAGCAGAUCCAGGCAAUAAUUACCCAGGCGGAGUACUGCGAGCAGGAGCUCUCCUACCACUGCAAAAAGUCACGGCUCUUGAACACACCAGACGGCGCUCCAUUCAGCUGGUGGGUGGGCCAGUCGGGUGAGGCGCACAUGUACUGGGGCGGCGCGGUGCCAGGCAGUCAGCAGUGCGCCUGUGGCCUGCAGGAGAACUGUGUGCAUCCCGAACACUUCUGCAACUGUGACGCCGACAGCAAAGAGUGGUCGAAUGACUCCGGGCUGCUGUCCCAUAAAGAGCAUUUGCCGGUGCGAGCGCUGGCUGUGGGUGACAUCAACAGAUCUGGUUCAGAAGCGGCCUACAGAGUGGGACCCCUGCAGUGUUACGGUGACAAUAACUUCUGGAACGCUGCCUACUUCAACAAGGAGACGUCGUACCUGCACUUUCCCACAUUCCACGGGGAGCUGAGCGCCGAUAUCUCCUUCCUGUUUAAGACCAGCUCUUCAUCGGGAGUGUUUCUGGAGAACCUGGGGAUCAAAGACUUCAUCCGGAUCGAACUGAGCUCUCCGACUCGAGUGCUCUUCUCGUUCGACGUGGGGAACGGUCCUCUGGAGGUGAAGGUGGAGACGCCGGCGGCUCUGAACGACGAGCGCUGGCAUCACGUGAGAGCCGAGAGGAACGUGAAGGAGGCCUCGCUGUAUGUGGACCAUCAUCCCGGCGUCGUUCAGAAAGCCCCCGCUGACGGACACAUUCAUCUGCAGCUCAACAGCCAGCUGUUUCCUGUUGAGAAAUCCAAUGCUCUUUGUUCUAAAGGACAUUUGGACAUCAAGUACAAACUGCAGCACAACAGAGACGCGGAGGUUUUCCGAGCCAGCGGCAGGAAUCUGGCCAACGGGCAGCUGCACCGCGUGAGCGUCCAGAGACUGACAGAGACGCUCAGUAUUCAGGUCGAUCAGCAUGCAAAGGAAUAUUUCAAUCUAACAUCGGACACUGAAUUCAAUGCCAUCAAAUCAAUUGUCUUGGGAAAAGUGAUCGAGUCAGGUGAAGUGGAUCCAGAGAUUGCCCGUCUGAAUGCUCUGGGCUUCACCGGCUGUUUGUCUGUGGUCCAGUUUAACUCCAUCUCUCCGCUGAAGGCGGCUCUGCUGUAUCCAGAUACCAGUCCUGUCAUAGUCACUGGACCGCUGAGCGAAUCCAGCUGUGGCUCGUCUUUACCGACAAACCCAUACGCCGCUGAGACCACUCAUUCUCUCACAGAUCAUGUGGGUACAGUAGGUACGGGUGAGCCCAUAGUCAAUGCUAUCAACAGCGACUCGGCUUUGAUCGGAGGUGUCAUUGCCGUCGUGAUAUUUGUGAGUCUGGCCGCGCUGGCUGUGAUGGCACGAUUCCUGUACCGGCGGAAAGAAACGUUUCAGCCCCAAGAGCCCAAAGCAGGCAAAAACGACGACAGUCCCGAAAUGCCCUUUAACACGGAUCCGAACUCACAGAGCAUUAUCAGUGAUAACCAAAAAGAGUAUUUCAUAUGACGCUCUUUCACCUCGUAUCGGACUAAUCCAGUUAAACCGACGGACUGAAAUGCCUUGUCGAGUCUAGGGACAUUAACAUUCACGGUGCAUUAUGGGAAACCGACCGAGAGA